CUAGAGACCUUGCAGCUGUUUCUGACUCAUCAGAGCUCAGUCCCAGCUGCCAACCACAGCUAAAAGUUGAAUGUUUUUUGACCUUACCAACAAUAAGGCCACAGCUAGCAUUUCGUUCCUGUUUCUUAGAUAAACUAGCAUCUCGUUAUAUUAGUCGAAAUAUUAGUGGUGCACUGUAAUCUUUACAGUGUAUUAUCAUGAUUUGAUUUCCUAAUAACUGAUAUGCAAUAUUCGAUUCCCAAUUAUAUACUUUGUUAUUUUUUGUAGUCUGUCUUUUCCAAUGUAUAGACUUUGAUUUAGUUUGAAAAAAUUUUAUGUUUUUCAGUUUCCACGAUCUUUUCCUAUUUUGUUUUUCUUCUCUUUUGAUCGCUUUUCUAUAUCUCUUCAUCUGAAAAAUGCAGAGCUAUAUUAAAUCUCUGACAUCUUUUAUACUAUUACUACUCGCGAUAGCGUUAUCGAUAUUGAUAGUUUAUUCAAGUGUAUUUACCGAUUUAAAUGAUUUAGUUACUACUUAUAAUAAAAACGUGAAACUAAACUCCAUAUCAAAUUUUAAUUCAUUCUUAAGUGAGGAAAAAUUAUCUUCAAAAUUUGCUUCAAAUUCCUAUAUUUUUAGUCCAAUUGAUUAUAAAUUAAAUCUUAUCAACUAUCAAAAUCAAAUCACUUUAAAGAAUAGCAAAAGAUUACAAAAGAAAGAAGAUACCAGUUAUAAUAUAAAUAACUAUUUGAACAUAAAUAAUAACGAAACCACUUUACUAUCCGCAUUAAACCAAUCAAAUAUUAUUCCUGCUACGAAUUAUCUAAGAGAAAAUGCUACCAUUCUAAUGCUAGUUAGAAACUGGGAAUUGCCCAGUGCCUUAGCUUCAAUAAGAACAUUGGAAGAUCGUUUCAAUAAAAAUUACAAUUACCCCUGGACUUUCCUUAAUGAUGAGCCCUUCACCCAAGAAUUUAUUGAUGCAACAUCUCUAGCGACUUCUGGUGAAACUCAAUAUGGCAUUAUCCCCCAAGUCGACUGGAAUAUCCCCCACUGGAUCAAUUUAACUAAAUUCGAGCAAAACAUUAAUGACUCAAUCCACAAUAAUAUCAUCUAUGGCUUUUCAAAAUCCUAUAGAAAUAUGUGUAAAUUCAACUCAGGCUAUUUCAUGAGACAAGAACUUCUUCAAAAUUACGAGUGGUACUUUAGAGUCGAACCUGAUGUUAAUUACUUUUGCAAUUUCAAUUACGAUCCAUUCAAACUAAUGAAAAAUUUAAAUAAAAAAUAUGGCUUCAUCGUAUCUAUUUAUGAUUAUCAAAACACUAUUCCAACUUUAUGGGAUACCACAAUGGAGUUCUUUACAACUGGCAAUAACUCAAACUAUUUAGCCAAGGAUAAUUCCUACAAGUUUUUAACUGAUAACUCGUUAAUUGGCACAUCAGUAACUGUUCAAACAAACUCAACUUCAGAUUAUAAUUUAUGUCACUUCUGGUCAAAUUUCGAGAUUGCAAAUUUGAAUUUUUUCAGAUCAAAACCUUACCAAGAAUUUUUCAACUACUUGAAUCAAAAAGGUGGGUUUUAUUAUGAAAGAUGGGGUGAUGCUCCUGUUCAUUCAAUAGCCGUUGGCCUUUUGCUAAAUAAAUCUGAAAUCCACCAUUUUGACGAUAUCGGUUAUUACCAUCCUCCAUUCAAUUCUUGUCCAUCAAGUAAUAUCUUAAGAUUGGUUAAAAAUUGCCAAUGCAAUGUUAAUGAUGAAAAUAAUAUUGAUACUAAACCACAUAGCUGUUUAUCGAAAUGGUGGAAAUUUGGCGGUGGGAAAUAUUUCAUGCAAUAUGAUUCAAAUCAAUAAUCUCAAUUAAUUAAUUAAAUAAUCGCUUCUUUAUAGAUAUAAUUACAUAU